AUGACGGGUGCCUCAGUGAAAGUGGCGGUGAGGGUUCGGCCCUUUAAUGCCCGUGAGACCAGCCAGGAUGCCAAGUGUGUGGUCAGCAUGCAGGGCAGCACCACCUCCAUCAUCAAUCCGAAACAAAGCAAGGAUGGCCCCAAAAGCUUCACCUUUGACUACUCCUACUGGUCACACACUUCGGCUGAGGACCCCCAGUUUGCAUCUCAGCAACAGGUGUAUCGGGACAUUGGAGAGGAGAUGCUGCUCCACGCCUUUGAGGGCUACAAUGUGUGCAUCUUUGCCUACGGGCAGACCGGGGCUGGGAAAUCCUACACCAUGAUGGGCCGGCAGGAGCCAGGGCAGCAGGGCAUCGUGCCCCAGCUCUGUGAAGACCUCUUCUCUCGUGUUAGUAAGAACCAGAGCGCUGAGCUCUCCUAUUCUGUGGAGGUGAGCUACAUGGAGAUCUAUUGUGAACGGGUACGCGACCUCUUGAACCCCAAGAGUCGGGGUGCUCUGCGGGUCCGGGAGCACCCCAUCCUGGGCCCCUACGUGCAGGACCUGUCUAAAUUGGCUGUGACCUCUUAUGCAGACAUUGCCGACCUCAUGGACUGUGGAAAUAAGGCAAGGACUGUGGCUGCCACCAACAUGAAUGAGACCAGCAGCCGCUCCCAUGCCGUCUUCACCAUUGUCUUCACACAGCGUUGCCAUGACCAGCUCACUGGGCUGGACUCCGAGAAGGUUAGUAAGAUCAGUUUGGUGGACCUUGCUGGGAGUGAGCGGGCUGACUCCUCAGGAGCCCGGGGCAUGCGCCUGAAGGAAGGUGCCAAUAUAAACAAGUCCCUGACUACUCUAGGGAAGGUGAUCUCUGCCCUUGCGGAUAUGCAAUCAAAGAAGCGGAAGUCGGAUUUUAUCCCUUACAGGGACUCUGUGCUCACCUGGCUACUCAAGGAGAAUUUGGGUGGGAACUCACGCACAGCAAUGAUUGCAGCCCUGAGCCCCGCAGACAUCAAUUACGAGGAGACUCUCAGCACCCUCAGGUAUGCUGACCGCACCAAGCAGAUCCGCUGCAAUGCCAUCAUCAAUGAGGACCCUAAUGCCCGGCUGAUCCGGGAGCUGCAGGAGGAGGUGGCGCGGCUGCGGGAACUGCUGAUGGCUCAGGGGCUCUCGGCCUCUGCUCUGGGAGGCCUGAAGGUGGAUGAGGGGAGCCCUGGAGGUGCUCUGCCAGCUAUAGCGUCUCCCCCUUCCCCAGCUUCACCCUCAUCUCCCCCUAUACACAAUGGGGAACUGGAGCCAUCAUUCUCCCCCAAUGCUGAGCCCCAGAUUGGGCCUGAGGAGGCCAUGGAGAGGCUGCAGGAAACAGAGAAGAUCAUAGCUGAACUGAAUGAGACCUGGGAAGAGAAACUACGCAAGACUGAAGCCCUGAGGAUGGAGAGAGAAGCAUUGCUGGCAGAGAUGGGAGUGGCUGUCCGGGAAGAUGGGGGAACCGUGGGUGUCUUCUCUCCGAAGAAGACUCCCCAUCUGGUGAACCUGAAUGAAGACCCGCUGAUGUCAGAAUGUCUGCUCUACCACAUCAAAGAUGGUGUUACCAGGGUCGGCCAGGUGGGUGUGGACAUCAAGCUCACCGGGAAGUUCAUCCGGGAGCAGCACUGCGUGUUCCGGAGCAUCCCUCAGCCGGACGGAGAAGUGGUGGUCACCCUGGAGCCUUGUGAAGGAGCCGAGACCUAUGUCAAUGGGAAACUGGUGACCGAGCCGCUGGUGCUGAAGUCAGGGAAUAGGAUUGUGAUGGGCAAGAACCACGUUUUCCGCUUCAAUCACCCGGAGCAGGCACGGCUGGAACGGGAGCGAGGGGUCCCCCCACCCCCAGGACCACCCUCUGAGCCCGUGGACUGGAACUUUGCCCAGAAGGAGCUGCUGGAGCAGCAAGGCAUUGACAUCAAGCUGGAGAUGGAGAAGAGGCUGCAGGACCUGGAGAAUCAGUACCGGAAAGAGAAGGAAGAGGCUGACCUUCUGCUGGAGCAGCAGCGGCUGUACGCGGACUCUGACAGUGGCGAUGACUCUGACAAGCGCUCCUGUGAAGAGAGCUGGAGGCUCAUCUCCUCUUUGAGGGAGCAGCUGCCGCCCACCACAGUCCAGACCAUCGUCAAGCGCUGUGGCCUGCCCAGCAGCGGCAAGCGCCGCGCCCCACGCAGGGUGUAUCAGAUCCCGCAGCGCCGGCGGCUGCAGGGCAAAGACCCCCGCUGGGCCACCAUGGCCGACCUGAAGAUGCAGGCAGUGAAGGAGAUAUGCUACGAGGUGGCCCUGGCUGACUUCCGCCACGGGCGGGCCGAGAUCGAGGCCCUGGCCGCCCUCAAGAUGCGGGAGCUGUGCCGGACCUACGGCAAGCCGGAGGGUCCCGGGGACGCCUGGAAGGCCGUGGCCCGGGAUGUCUGGGACACCGUGGGCGAGGAGGAAGGCGGCGGAGGUGGAGGUGGAGGUGGCGAGGAGGGAGCCCGCGGGGCAGAGGUGGAGGACCUCCGGGCGCACAUCGACAAGCUGACCGGGAUCCUGCAGGAGGUGAAGCUGCAGAACAGCAGCAAGGACCGGGAGCUGCAGGCCCUGCGGGACCGCAUGCUCCGCAUGGAGAGGGUCAUCCCCCUGACCCAGGAUCAUGAGGAUGAGAACGAAGAAGCCAAUGAGGCCACCUGGGCCACGCCCCCAGGGUCAGAGGUCGUAGAGGAGGAAGCCCCCAAUGACCACGGGCCCUCAGCCCGGCCCGCUUCGCCACCCCAGUCCAGCUGGGAGCGGGUGUCACGGCUGAUGGAGGAGGACCCUGCCUUCCGUCGAGGCCGCCUUCGCUGGCUCAAGCAGGAGCAGUUGCGGCUGCAAGGACUGCAGGGCUCUGGGGGCCGGGGUGGGGGGCUGCGCAGGCCCCCCGCCCGCUUCGUGCCCCCUCACGACUGUAAGCUGCGCUUCCCCUUCAAGAGCAACCCCCAGCACCGGGAGUCCUGGCCGGGGAUGGGGAGCGGGGAGGCCCCAGCGCCACCCCCGCCCCCUGAGGAGGUUACUCCCCCAGUGGUCACCCCUGCCCGCAGGCCGCCGAGUCCCCGAAGGUCCCACCGUCCCCGCAGGAAUUCCCUGGAUGGAGGGGGCCGGUCCCGGGGAGGGGGUGCUGCACAGCCCGAACCUCAGCACUUCCAGCCUAAAAAGCACAACUAUUAUCCCCAGCAGCCCCAACCCUACCCGGCCCAACGGCCCCCAGGGCCCCGCUACCCCCCAUACACUACUCCCCCGCGAAUGAGACGGCAGCGCUCGGCCCCUGACCUCAAGGACAGCGGGGCGGCGGUGUGA